AUGGCGAUGAGAGGUGUCGAUUUCAAGUGGUAUGAUGGGUUCUUCUUGUCGAUGCUUGCAACUAGUGUAAUCAUUGUAGCUAUCAACUGGAAGAGAUAUCAGGCGUGUGAAUACCCGUUGCAUAUAUGGAUAGUGGUUGAUUACACCACCGUCUUUAUCUUCCGCGUCUUCAUGUUUGUUGACAAUGGUCUUGCUGCUGGACUUGGCUUGGAUUUUGGAAGUCAACAGCGAAACGCCGGGUUUUGUGGGAGAGUGGUGGUCCUCUCUGUCCUAUCUCUGCUGCUGUAUCCAUUUAUGUGGGCUUGGACUGUAAUCGGCACAAUAUGGUUCACAAAAGCAAAAAGCUGUUUACCUGAAGAAGGACAAAAAUGGGGUUUCCUCAUUUGGCUGAUGUUCAGCUACUGUGGCCUCCUCUGCAUUGCUUGCAUCUGUGUUGGAAAGUGGUUGGCGCGAAGACAGGUCCACUUAUUACGUGCUCAGCAGGGAAUUCCGAUUUCAGAGUUCGGUAUUUUAGUUGACAUGAUUAGGGUACCUGAUUGGGCAUUUGAAGCCGCAGGCCAAGAGAUGAGAGGCAUAAGUCAAGAUGCUGCUACAUACCAUCCUGGACUCUACUUGACUCCAGCUCAGACAGAAGCUGUCGAGGCACUCAUUCAAGAGCUUCCAAAGUUCAGGUUAAAAGCUGUCCCAGAUGAUUGCGGCGAAUGCUUAAUCUGCUUAGAGGAGUUCCAUAUUGGACAUGAGGUUAGAGGUUUACCUUGCGCCCAUAACUUCCAUGUGGAGUGCAUAGACCAGUGGCUGCGUUUAAACGUGAAAUGUCCUCGGUGUCGGUCCUCGGUUUUUCCAGACCUCGAUCUCAGCGCAUUGUCCAACCUCCAGAGCUCGGAAACACAACAGCCGUCACAGGGGAACACAGAAACAACAGAAGCUCGGUACGUAAGAAGCCAACUUCAAAGCGAGAGCUACUUCUUGAGACUCCAGUCCCUAAUUCACCCGGUCCACUCAGACACCGCUCUGGAGACUGCAGAGAACGGUGGUGUUCCUCCUGUCUUGGCCGAUCGAUCUCCAUCUCGGCGAUGA